UUGUUCCCCUCCUAAGUUCAUUCCCAACCUGCUGCCUCUCAUCUCAACAAAGCCACAGACUCUUCCUCUAUCAUGGCCUCAUCCUCAUCCAUGGAUGUCGGAAAAGAAGCCACAUGCCCCAUCUGCAUGGAGUAUCUGACAGACCCUGUGACCUUGGACUGUGGUCACAACUUCUGCCGGGACUGCAUUGUAAAGUAUUGUGACACAUGGGAACCAAUGCAGGUGGGAGACUUGGAGUGUCCUGUCUGCAAAGCCCGGAUGCAGAGAGGGAGUUUCCGCCCCAAUUGGCAGCUGGCCAAUAUCGUGGAAAAAAUUAAACUCCUGCCACCAAAUAAAGGGGGAAAGGAUCUGUGUAAGGGACACAAGGAAAAACUCCACCUCUUCUGCAAAGAAGAUGAAGAAUUGGUGUGUUUACUUUGUGAGCGAUCCCCAGAACAUAAAUCGCACAUUGUGGUUCUCAAGGAAGAGGCUGCCCAGGAAUACAAGGUAGGAAGUCAUUUUGACACUUGCCAACACAAUCCUUUCAUCUCUUUUUCAGUGUAUAUACAGUGGUACCUCGGGUUACAUACGCUUCAGGUGACAGACUCCGCUAACCCAGAAAUAGUACCUUGGGUUAAGAACUUUGCUUCAGAAUGAGAAUAGAAAUUGUGCAGUGGCAGCGGGAGGCCCCAUUAGCUAAAGUGGUACCUCAGGUUAAGAACAGUUUCAGGUUAAGAACAGAGCACCGGAACAAAUUCAGUACUUAUGUGCUCUUAAUGUUGCUGUAAAGCAAACGUAAUAAAUUGCUAAUCUGUACAUUCAUGAGAAUCAGAAAUUGGGCCUCAUUUCUGUGCUAUCUAAAACAGAACAAAAACUUUGUUCUGCUUACAAAGCAACUUUUUAAAAUGUGUUUUUGUUUUUAAAAGCACUGUUUUUCUGCACUUACGCUAAAGGGUUCCUGUGUAAUGUAAUCAUAAUGAUGAACUGGAGUAAGAAUAAAGAAAUGGAAGUUCUCGUGCUUUAGAUUUUUUUUAGUGUACAUCAAAAAACCCUAGAAACUCCUGGAGCAAUUAUUAAGCAAAAAUUGAAUAAUAGGGCCCAGGUACUAGAAGUAAGCAUAAUAUUAAUUAGGGCCUGCAGCCCUAAUCAAAUCUUAGAUUUUGUUUCCUCUUCAGACAAUCAUCUGUCGUCACCUGGAGCAUCUGAGGAAAGAGAGAGAGAAAAUUCUGGCUUACGAAGCAAACAUGGGAAAUGAAAGCAACAACCUGCUUGUAAGUGUCACCAUUACUACAAAGGGGACAAGUAUUUGAAGGACCAAGUCAGGAUUGUUAUGUACUGAAGUUCUCACCCUGGGCCAGCAGGGGGAUACUGUAGAUAGUUAUGCAAAUGAAGGAUCGAAAGUGACGUUCAGUGAUUGGAUAGUUUUAGAAAAUUGUUACAGUUACGUUGUACUGGAGCUCUAUAUAAGCAGGCUGACAGAGCUCUUCAGUUCAGUUCUGUUCUGGCCUCUGAAUAAACAAGAGCUGUUUGAAGAAUCGCUGUGUCGUCUAAUAUGUUCGCCCACAACUUAACAAUGAUGUAGCCCCAUUGCUGAGUGAUUUACCAUAAAAUUGUUUCAAAACACUCUGCCUUCCUCUUUUCCUCUUUCUUCCUGGUUCUUGCAGAAAUUAACAGAAACUGAGAGGCAGAAUACACUGGAGAGGUUCAGACAACUGCACCAGUUUCUGGAAGAAGAAGAAAAGAGUCUGCUGAAUGAAAUAGAAGAGAUGGAGAAGGAGAUCACAAGAAGAAGGGAGGAGCAGCUGGCUAGACUCUCAGAGAAACUCUCCUCUCUUGAAAGGAGCAUCCGGGAGAUGGAGGAGAAGAGUCAGCAGCCAGCGAGUGAACUCCUGCAGGUGAGACUGUGGCAGGAACAGCCCAAAGUUCCUCUCUAGUGGUUUAACCACACUUACCUUUUGCCUCGCUCUUUCCAGGCUCUGCCAAAGUGCUCUUUUCUUCCCCCCACAGAACUUCCCCACAAAAACUCACUCUUUAAUGCCGAGUGCAACAAACGGCAAUUCAGUUCUUCUGUGGAUUGCCGUUUGCUUUGAUUCAGCUUUAAAGAGCAGAUUUUUGCAGGGAAAGCUCCAGAGGAGGAAAAAAGAUGCUUGGACAACUAUUUGUUUAUUUAUUAAAUUUAUAUUCCUCCCUAUACCUGGAGGUCUCAGGGUGGUUCACAGGAUAAAAUUACAAUAUAUAAAAAUAUAAAAACACAAAAAAUAUAAAUAUUGUUCUCAUGUGGCCACUCUGGACCUCUCGUGGAGGGGACACAUGAAUAAGGGCCUCAGAAGAUGAUGUCAGGGUCUGGGUGGGUUCAUAUGGAAAGAAGCGGCCCUUGAGGUAUUGUGGCCCUGAGCCAUUUAAGGCUUUAUAGGUCAAAACCAGCACUUUAUUUGGCAAUUUUGUUUGGCAAAGGAAACACCUGAGAGUGGAUACUAUUCCAGUGCGGACUCCUAUGCAGAAAGGAGGACUGGCAGUACCUAAUUUAGCUUAAUAGUAUGAAGCUGCCCAGCUCACAUGGUUAAAUUUAAGGAUAUCUCAGAAAUUGGAAAUGAAACUCUUUCAGUUAGAACCAUUAUUCAUAAUUUCUCCUGUGGCCAAUAUACUAUGGAUACCUUGGAAAAACAGAGGAGAAGAUCCCAUGAAUUUUCAUCAGGUUUUAAAAUAUAAUCAUCAGAAACUAAUCUGGAGAACUAAACUUAAGAUCAGAAAGAUAAAAACUGAGAGAAAUUGAAAUGAUAGAUUAAUCCAGGGGUAGGCAGUCUGAAGAUGUAAUGGCAUCCGGCACACUUCCCUGUGACCCUCUGAGACUUAAGAUCUCUUCGUGGCUCCAAGCAGAGUAUCGCAGCAGCGGUUUGUGCCUUUGUGUGGGUGCAAUAAAUCAUAGUCUGUACGCAGGCUUCUUGCUAAUCCAAGAAGGCUUUAAUCAUUGCACAGAAAAACAUCAUAAAUCAGCCAGGAGAUCGAGUGGACAUCUCCUCGGCUCAACAGCUAAAAGUGAAAGUAACUCACACACAAAGAAAGAUUCCUGUAUGUGAACAAAACCACACCUCAGAAUGCAGAGAUGUCACACAGAACUGUUUAACUCUGUAAGUUCUGAUUCUGCUCACAGGCAGCCUAAGGCCCAUGGGCCGGAUGUGGCCCAAUCGCCUUCUCAAUCCGGCCCACGGAUAGUCCAGGAAUCAGCGUGUUUUUACAUGAGUAGAAUGUGUGCUUUUAUUUAAAAUGCAUCUCUGGGUUAUUUGUGGGUCAUAGGAAUUCAUUCAUUACCUGCCCCCCAUAUAGUCCGACCCACCACACGGUCUGAGGGACGGUGGACCAGCUCAUGGCUGAAAAAGGUUGCUGACCCCUAGAUAAAUCCAUUCCUAUCCAAAACUUUGGAGUUUGCUAGGCAGACUCACCCAGAGGGCCAGAGGGCAUCUAUAAUGGGUAUGGGGUUGCUCGUGCGUAAGUUGCCGCCUCUCCUGGCUAUGUUGCCUUGUUAAACCUUUCUGUCUGGACAGCCCUUCACUUCGUGGCUGCCUCAGUCGCUAGCAGAAUCCGUCAGUGGGCGUUUCUUAAACCUCUUCCAACAUAAAAGUUGUUUGACGCCCAGUCUCCUCCUACUCUCCCUGUGUGGAAGUCUUCUGCGCAGGGAGGGCGUGGGUAGCGGAGAACCCGUGCUCUCCCCGCUGGUGUCCAGUGAAGAGUCCUGGAGCCCUCUCGCCCAUUCCCCCAUCUGCCCCCCUUUAUCCCUGGUGUAACGUUGAUUUGCUUCCCCCUCUGCUGAACUGCCUCUCUCCCUGCUUGGCCCUUCUCCAGCAUCAUUUGAGAGCCUUCCCUCCACCUCAGGCUCCGAUGUCAGUUCCCUGACAGCAUCCCUUCCGGGGUCUGAUGGGUCUUCAUUAUAUGGCCUGUGGUAGGCAGUGAAUCCCAUUCUUCUUUCCCUCUUUUCCUUUCUAGGAUGUGAGAAGCACCUUGCAGAGGUAAGUGAAUCCUGCUCAUCUCCAUUAAUAUCACUCUGUGAAACUGGGAAAGGUCCAGGAGGACAGGAAAUAAAACCUGCCCCUCCAGGCUCUUAGGAUGUGGUGAAAGGUCCCAACAAGGGAGCAGGAGUUGAGGUGUGUGCCAUGUUCCUGAAAAUAUCUCAGCUGUAAUACGUAACUUCAAGGUGUCACAUGGGUUCAUGAUAAGAGGAUAGAAGAAAGAUAUCACUUUUGUCAACAGCAGCAAUCAUCUUUUCCCCCUCCACAUUGUAGGUAAUGCAGCCAAAAUUGAAAAGCUCUGAGCAGGAUGGUAUCACUUGAUUUUAUUUCUCCAUUUGAGUAGAUUUAACUGAGGAGAUUCAGAGAUCUGGGGCUGCUCCUUUGGCCCUCAGAUGUCUGCCUCUGGAGUCCCUAGUAAGGAGGAAUCAUCUCCCCUCUGUGCCUCCAUUCCUUUGUGUCUCCCUCUCAGCUUUCUAUAUUCUCUUUCCUCUUCUCAAUUGCUUUCUUUUGCUGCACUCAGAAAUUCUGCAAUUGAAUGGGUUAAUGUUUAUUUUUCCCCAUCAGGUGUCAGCUAAGGGAAACAUUUAAGAAUCCAAUGGAUUUCCUAUCAAAGUUGAAGAGGCGGAUCUCAAAUUUCCGCGCUAAACAUCCCAUUCUGUAUGUUGGGGUGAAGGAAAUCAAAGGUAAUGAGUGGCUGCAAGGAUUUUACACUGGACAAUAUAUUAGUCCGAAAGUUGAACAUGCCAGGCUCUUACUGUAUUUUAUUUACUCUUGCCACAAACAGCAAUAGGAGCAAAGUCAGAAUUUAUUUUUGUUCCAGUGUUCAGUUCACAGUUGUACUGAACCUCCUUUUCAUUUUGGUUCUUUAUACUCCACUUGUGUUUUCCCAUCCCGAUGGGCAUUAGAACGGCUCUUAACAAACACACCGUUACUCCACUCCCAGGUCAAGCUUGUUUCCCAGCUGUGGAAUUAUCUCCUAAGUUCUCUCUUCUUCCUCAGACUCCCACCAGCAGCUGACAUACCUAGCGCUGCAACCAUCAUGAUCUCCUGAGUGUUCUUGUGGUGUUUUGUUUUUUAAAUCUCCUUGAAAAUUCACCAGCCUCUCUUGGUGGUGGUUUAAGGGUAAAGGUACCCCUGCCCGUAUGGGCCAGUCGUGUCCGACUCUGGGGUUGCGCGCCCAUCUCGCUUAAGAGGCCGGGGGCCAGCGAUGUCCGGAGACACUUCCGGGUCACGUGGCCAGUGUGACGAAGCUGCUCUGGCGAGCCAGCACCAGCGCAGCACACGGAAACGCCGUUUACCUUCCCGCUGUAAAGCGGUACCUAUUUAUCUACUUGCACUUAGGGGUGCUUUCGAACUGCUAGGUGGGCAGGAGCUGGGACCGAAAGAUGGGAGCUCACCCCGCCGCGGGGAUUUGAACCACCGACCAUGCGAUCGGCAAGUCCUAGGCGCUGAGGUUUUAACCACAGUGCCACCCACGUCCCAUUGGUGGUUUAAUACUCACUAAAUUCAUCAACGUAUUUCAUCAGCAAAUUUCUCCUAAGAAACAGAUAUUUGGCUAAUGUAUACAAUUAUUCAAGCAGUUUUCAGUAGGAGAAUUCUAUUUUGUGGGUGACUUUCACUAACAUAUUCAGCUUUAUGCAGAGAUUCCCCUAAUAUAUCAGUCGGUUGGAGAACUUCAUAGCAAAAUUGAGAUAAGUGUGUGUUUUGAAGGAUUGCUGUGCUUCAGUUCCUGUAUUGUUUCAGAAAGUGUGAAUGCAAAAUAAAUUGAAUUUCUGCCCCAUUCUUGCUUCUACCAAAAUGUUUGUUAAGAAUCUGAAAGAAUUUUAAUUGUUUGGUCAGGCAAAUUCUUCCUCUGCAAGUUUAAUUUGUCAUUAUGGUUAACAAUUUUGACUUCCAUAAAUGAUUUUUCAUCCGUUUACCUGGGACAACUGUUAAGGUUAUAGACAGCUCUCCCUUGCAUUCUUUUAAUACAUUGAUAUUGCAGUGUUUCUGUCAUUUCUCAGUUUAACAUUUUUUUUUUUUUUAUCUUUUCAUACAGUUUUCUUAUGUGUAAUUGUUGGUUCUAUAUCAACAUUUUACUUGAAAUAAAGAAACAAUUGAUAUUAUGUCAUUUAGUGAAAAGGUUGUCACAAAAUUAUUUGAGGUAUAAAAGUCUAGCUCUCAGUCUUUAUAUCUCUUUGCUUCCUCAGAUGCUCUGUCAUUCGGAAGACAUCCUCAGAAAGGUAACUUUUGUGAUGGACCAAAUUCAAGCACGAGUUGGGAGCUGGUAUUUCAUUGGGAUUAAAUGGUCUGUCCUUUCCUUGGUGUUAUUCUAAGAGGGAGGAGUACUUGAACUCAGUCUUCUCAUUCCCCUUUUGCUUUUGCUGGAUCCUUUGGUCUUGCCCACAUCUGAGCAUGAUUUGACUGUUAAUUAGCACUUUUGCUCUAUUCUAUUUAGAUGAGUAGUCCUCACACACAAAUACAGUGGUACCUCGGGUUAAGUACUUUAUUUGUUCCAGAGGUCCGUUCUUAACCUGAAAUUGUUCUUAACCUGAAGCACCAUUAGAAUAUUGUUCUCUAUAUGAUCCCAAAAACUCUUUUAGGCAUUUUCUCCUCUCUCAAAUGUUACAGUAAAAUGGGCCUCUCUUUGGAAUGUCUGGGGAGAACAAGACUGGCAUUGAUGGAACAGGCUCAAAUGUUUAUUUUUCAAGGUUGUAAAGAGAUAAGCAGAGGCUUGUGAGGCCAUUGCAGGAAGGAAGGGGGGGGGCAAGCCCAUGUAAGGACAUAGGAAGUUGCCAUAACUUUCGGUUUACAAGAAAUCAGGUGGUAUUGUAUUCUGCAAAUGUAUAAAAAGCUGGCUCGCUCAGAAUUCGGGGGCAGCAGGCAAUGAACAUCAGCCUGUCUGUACCUUUUUUUGUCAUGGCAAAAAUAAAUGAUUUUACUGCUGUCUAAUUGACUCUUUGAAGCGAUUUCUGAUGCUCCAAGAUAAAGGAACAAAGAAAAGGUCUAACAUUUUAGCUAAUGGGGCCUCCCACUGCUGCCGCGCCGCUGGAGCACAAUUUCUGUUCUCAUCCUGAAGCAAAGUUCUUAACCCGAGGUACUAUUCCUGGGUUAGCGGAAUCUGUAACCUGAAGUGUAUGUAACCUGAAGCGUAUGUAACCCUAGGUACCACUGUACCUGAAUUUAUCUAUGAAGAGAGCAUCUUCAGUCUUUCCCAUUCAUACCAGUAGGUGUUCCCUGUUGCAUUUGUUGCUAUCUUCUAAUUUGCUGAUUCAGAUCAUGCUGAUUUAAUACCAGCAGGGCAUGUGCACAGAGAGCUGCCCCCUUCCACUUGUUUUUCUCAAAAUAAUUCCCUGCCCAGGAAGUAAAAAACACACGGGGGGGGGGGGCGCUCCUGGUCAUGGAUUAAGCAGCAGAAACGGAGAGCUCCCAGAGAAAAUAUUUUAAAAGAUGGAUUUCUCACUCUGAAAAACAAGUAUUAUGAAGUAAAGAAUACAAAAACUUUUCAAGCAGGAAUGUAAUCUGGAGUAGUGAAAAAAUAAACACAACUCCUUAAUUUUGGGCUAGACGCCAGCCCUAGGCUGGACACCAAGCUUAUCGGCUGGAAAAGAAUUCCAAGCAAAAGGCUUGUGAAUACAAAAAUGGACAAUUAGAAAUGAUUUGACCUCUUGCAUUUAAAUAGCAGAAGGCAAAAAGAAAGGAUUAAUUUCCAGGAGAGUAAGAUAUUUGAAAUUUCGGAGCAAAUAACUGAACUGUAAUGGCUUGGGGUUCUCUCCCACAGAUGCGAGACACUCUGGUAGUAACUAACUCAGAUUUAUUGCUCAAACACAUAAAGCAUUGUGGAGCUCAGUCCUCGGCGUAUUCCCCCAAAUUUGCUGUUGCCAAGUCUGAGCUCUGCCCCUUCCUUUUCCAACAACAAAACCCCCCCUUUCUCUCUUUCUCUUUCCCGCUUCUCACAGACUCUCUCGAGCCUAUGAUUUUUCGGAUCAGCUAUUUCCGGUGUCCCUGUCUCUGAGUCUGAGCUGAAACUGACAGUCUAUGUUUUCCCCCUUGGGCUCCCCACUUCCUACUCUGUGGUGAAACUAUGGUGAAACUAUCUCUGCAAGUCUGGGGCAUGCAAAUCUUGCCUACAUUGAUUUCUUCCCUCUGAUUUCAAUGUAAACCUCUGAAAGCCCCAAAUGGGCAAUUCACAACGAGUGAUUCAAAGGAGAAUCAUUUUUCUCCUCUUGCCCCCAUCCCUUCCUCCUCCCCUUCACUGCAUAGAAGAGCUUGGGGAAUAUUUUCUGGGUUGUUUUGCUUCGUGACUGGAUUGACAGGAGGGACACAAUAAAAUAUGUUGAGUAAAAAGGAACAAAAAAGCAUUAUUUAAAAACCUGCUGGGAAGGAAUUUAUUCUGAGGUGAGUCUGGCAGAAAGAAGGGAGGGUCCCAAUCCUGAAUGAAAUGUGAGGACGCCCAUUUAUCUGAGAGGAAAUCUGGUUCUUCUGGGUGUUUCUUGGAUCAGGUUGUGCGUCUCAGACUCUAGGCUGAUUCUGCCUCUCUUCUCUUUCCCUCAUCUUCUCCCUAACAGCAAAUGUCACUCUGGAUCCAGACACGGCCCAUCCCAGGCUCAUCCUGUCCGAGGAUCGGAAAAGUGUGAGAUAUGGAGCCAAACUGCAAGACCUGCCUGACAAUCCUGAGAGAUUCAGUGACAUGCCUUGUGUGUUGGGAUGUGAGGGAUUCACAGCAGGCAGACAUUUCUGGGAAGUCACUAUGGAAAGUGGGGAAUGGUGGGCUCUGGGGGUUGCCAGGAAGUCUGUGAGGAGAAAGGGUAAUCUCACCUCUUUCUGGUCACGUUUAGUAAUGCACGCUUCCUUAACUGACUUAGGUUCUGAGGGAGGGAUCUGGGCUGUGAAGAAGUCAGGAGGUGAGUACUUUGCCUUCACCUCCCCUGAUUCCUCUCCUCUGUCCCUGAGUGAGGAGCCCAAGAGGAUUUGGGUGACUCUGGACUAUGAAGUGGGACGUGUGUCUUUUUCUGAUGCUGACUCAGGAGACGAACUCCACACAUUCUCAGGGGCCUCGUUCUCCAGGGAGACCCUCCUCCCUUUCUUUUAUCUGGGGGGAAAUGAAACCCACCUCAGUAUCUCCUGAGGAGACAAAAUUGGCCUCUCAGGCCCAGUUGGAGUUUCUCUUCACACCAGAAUGACUGAGAUGAAAACACUUGACAGUUUUGAUCUGUUUGCAGAGAACCUUUGAGAGAAGUCACAAUCAGCAGAAAUAAGAAAAGAAACAAAACUUGGGAUUUUCUCUUUCCUUCCCUUUCCCAGAAUUUCCUCUGCAGCUGAGUCCUUAACAAACCAUAACACUUUAACUGUGUCAAUUAACAAUCUGUUCAUCAAAAGGGCUCAGCCUCCACCAACUUUAAUCUUCUUUUCAUUGCUUGCCUACACCAACUAUUAAAAUACACACGUAUUCCUAGAAAACAGUCCCUUCCCACUUUUGCUACUAAAGCUCAUUUUAAGUUGUUACCUCACACAUAUUGUUUGUAUUUCCUUCCAACUAUAGCACCAACUUAACACGCUUCUUCCCCCCCCCCCCCCGUGCAAAUUUUAUCCUCACCACCUCUACACUUCCUCAGACAUAAGUAUCUCUGAAUUCUGUGAGGCCUCUGGCUCAUUGUUUUUGGGAUUGCUUCAUUAAUCUUUUGUAUUAACAAUUGGAUUCUCUGCAUCAGGGGUAGCCGACAUGGUGUGUCCUGGACAUGGUGUCGGACUACAACUCCCAUCAGCCCCUACCAGCAUGGUCAGGAGUCAGAGAUGAUGGGAGUUGUAGUCGAGCAACUUGGCUAUGUGUGCCCUAUGUAAGGCACAUGGAGACUUUGCUGUGGUCCCCAACUUAGUUAAUGGGAUGCACAACCAAUGACAUUUAUUUCAAAAUCGGCAGGAUCUCCCCCACCCCCUGGCUUUUAGUAACUAAAUAUACUUUAAUCUUUAAAAAUACAUUGUUUUCUCUAUUGCUGGUUUUUGAUGCUUUGUUAAUUGUCCAUGAUCUUAUGCUGUCGUUAUGGUUUUACAUAAUGUUUUGGGGGGAACAGCAUUUGUAUUAUUUUCAAUCAUUUUUCUUUUUGUAUUUUAUGGAUUUCAAAUUUUGGUUAUUUUGGAGGUAUAUGCAAGUUGAAAAAAAGAAGCAGUAUUAAAGAAAAGCUCCUAAACCUCCAUUGCAGGAUGCUGAGGAGCCCCUCAACUUUUUGUGGGUGUAAAAUGUGAUGUGUCAUUGAUGCAAUAAUAGUGCCUUAGUCGUGGAUUGACGCUGGACUAUCCACACAUCCACUGUGCUUCAGUAGCUAUUCUGCAAUAUUUCCAGAAUGUUUCUCUGUUAUUGCCAUUUGGAAGGGCACUCCUGGACUGUAAUGAAACAAAAGGGGACCAAAUAGAAAAUCACAACAGAACAUUUCUGGCAUUAAAAUUUAUGGGAUUUCUGAAGGAAGCAGCAGGACAUGGACUGAUAAGAAAUGAAGAAGUUAUGACCACUGCAAACAUUUAUAGGCAGAAAUGGUCUUGAAACUGGGAUUGCAUGAGUUCCCAGAGAGAGAUCAUCACAAUUACACAAUAAAAGGAAU